UCGGGGCACUGCGCUGCCACCGCGGCCCACGGCCAGCCCGGAACAACCCCUCCGACGUACGAAAAGCGAAGGCUAAAAACUCGUUCACAGCUGGGACGGGGAAAAGGCAGCGCCGGCACGGCGGGGGCCGCGCUCGGCGGGGAGGAAGCAGAGGAGGAGGAGGAGGAGGACACUCCUUGGACCUGGCUGGCUCCUCCUGCUCUCGCUCGAGGCUCCGACGCCCAGCCAAAAGCGAAUCCCGGCGGCAGCGCUCGGCAGAGGCUCCGACGGCUCCCGGCCCCGCUGCUCGCCCAAGCGUCCGCCCCGCGCCCGCGUCCCGGCCAUGGCAAGAAACCACCAAGUGCAGAAGGCCAAGCUGGCCGAGCAGGCUGAGCGCUACGAGGACAUGGCAGACUUCAUGAAGGCGGUGGUGGAGCACGGGGACGAGCUGUCCAACGAGGAGCGCAACCUGCUCUCGGUGGCCUACAAGAACGUGGUGGGCUGCCAGCGCUCGGCCUGGAGGGUCAUCUCCAGCAUCGAGCACAAAACCGAGGAGGGCGACGACAAAGCGCAGGUGGUGAACGAGUACCGGGAGAAGGUGGAGCAGGAGCUGAACGCCGUCUGCAACAACGUGCUGGGCUUGCUGGACAAGUAUCUGAUCAAGAAGGACAGCGACACCGAGAGCAAGGUCUUCUACCUGAAGAUGAAGGGCGACUACUUCCGAUACCUGGCCGAGGUGGCCAGCGGGGACGACCGCCUGUCGACGAUAGAGAAGGCCCAGGAGGCGUACCAAGAGGCCAUGGACAUCAGCAAAAAGGAGAUGCAGCCCACGAACCCCAUCCGCCUGGGGCUGGCCCUCAACUUCUCCGUGUUCCACUACGAGAUCGCCAACGCCCCCGAGCAGGCCAUCUCCCUGGCCAAGACCACCUUCGACGAGGCCAUGGGCGACCUGCACACGCUCAGCGAAGACUCCUACAAGGACAGCACCCUCAUCAUGCAGCUGCUCAGGGACAACCUCACGCUAUGGACAGCUGAGUGCGCCGGCGAAGACGGCGGCGAGGCUGGCGAAGAGCCCAAGAACUGAACAUCCCCUGCUGGGCCGGGGACCGGCCCCACUGCCCCCGCUCCAGACCCUUCGGCAUCUCUUCCUUCUUUUGUUUUUUUUUUUUUUUUUUUUUUUGGGUGUUUGGGGUGGUUGUUUUGGUUUUUUUUUUUUUUUUUUGUUUUUGGGGGGAGAAGUCUCAGCUCUCCCCCAGCCUGGAUACCGGGAGCGGUGGGGGUGGUUUGGGCAGGGUUCCUCCCUCCCUCUCCCCCAUCCCCUGCUCUGGGGAGAGGGAAAAGAGGGAGAGGGGUUGCCCCCGUCCCGGAGAGCUGCCAGACCCCAACUAUUUAACAUUUUUUUGUGGAGGGGGGUGUGCAGUCUGGUUUGUGCCAGCUCCAAACCCCCCCUGUCCCGGAGGGCUGGAGCAGCGACAGGAGGAGGUGAGG